AUGAGAACAUCUCCUAUCAUUUAUAGGCCAGCAACUACUGCCCAGCCAUCAUGGCAACAACCCGUUUUAAACAUAGCCAUCCGAUUUUAUGCGAAAAAAAUUAAAGACAAUAAAAAGAGAAAUGAAUCUAAAACUGCUGCAAAAGAGGAAAUAGAGGAGUAUGUCCCACAGUUCAACGAGAAUGAAUUGACAAAGAGAUUCGAAGCGUCCAUUGCACAUUUAAGAGAUCAGCUGGUUACUAUGCGAGUAGGAAGAGCUAAUCCUGCUUUGUUGGACAAUGUUCGAGUGCGAAUAGAAAAUUCACAGUUUUCACUAAGGGAUCUGGCUCAGAUUACUGUGCGAGAUCCUCAAACUUUGUUGGUUACAGUGCACGACAACGAUUAUACAUCAGCUGUAGAAAAAAGUAUUCGUGAGGCGGGAUUAAAUUUGAACCCUAUCGUAGACAACAAGAUGAUCAAAGUUCCUAUCCCAAAACCAACCAAAGAAUCGCGUGAUAAAAUGGCCAAGUUAGUAAGCAAUAUGGGUGAGCAAUUCAAGCUGAAGGUGAGAGCAAUUCGACAAGACGGUAUGAAGCAUCUGAAGCAGGAUUUGAAGCAUCAACCAGCGGAUCAAAUCAAAAAAUUAGAAAAGACUGUACAAAAUAUGACAGAUAAAUACAACAAAACAAUAGAUGAUAUACUCAAAUCUAAGAUCAAAGAAAUUCAGUCCUAG